AUGAAAAAUAUAAAACUGAAAAAAAAAAAAAAAAAAAAGCAAGGAAAGAAAAAUGGCGUCUACUGGUUUUUUCGGAAUGGCGGCAAACGAAAACUAGAAACACACCAGAUUCAAUAUUCCCGCCAUGGUAGCUCGUCGAUAUCAUCUUCCGCCAUUCACCACAACAAUUACAGAAAGCCAAAUACUGAUUGUUUCCCUUUCCCCCCUCGCUCUCUUGAAAUGGAUUUGUCCGAUAUGGCAAGGAAGUUAGGGCUUAAGGAAUCGAAGCAAGUCGUCCGUAAAGCCGCUGAGCUCCGUCGCAUCUCCGAUCUUCAAUUCGACUCAUCCAAUGCCGGAAUCGGAGAAACUUGCAAAGCUCUCAUCUGCCUCGAGAUUGCUGCUAACAUGAAGCAAGUUCUAUUUGAUCGUCAAAACGCAAUAAAGUUGAGUGGGAUGUCGGAGAAGGCUUACAUUAGAUCUUUCAAUGUGAUGCAGAACGGGAUUGGCGUCAUGAAUCGGCUUGAUAUUAGGGAAUUAGCUAUCCAGUUUGGAUGUGUUAGGCUCAUCCCUCUUGUUAAAAAAGGACUAUCACUAUACAGAGAUCGAUUCAUGUCAUCAUUACCUGCUUGGAGACGAGCUACCACUGAUUGUUCAAAGCCUGUGUUCACAGCUGCAGGGUUUUACUUGUGUGCUAAAAAAAACAAGCUCAAAGUCGAUAAAACUAAGUUGAUUGAACUUUCUGGAUCAUCUGAAGAUGAAUUUUCAAGUGUAUGUACAUCAAUGAAAGACCUUUGUCAUGAUGUCUUUGGAGUUGCACAAGAAAAGAAAGAUCCAAAGUCUGUGAAAGGGAACAGAGAUUUGUUGGAUGUUUUACCUGAAAAAAGGCAAACUGGGGAUGGUGGUUAUUCAUCUGAUGAAGGCGAAGAUCUUUCAGCCUAUAAGAAACGUAAACGUCAGGACAACCACAAAUAUGAGGAAUGGAAAUCAACCGUAGUAGAAUCCAAUAAACAAAACAAAGAAAAAGUUGGUGUCAAACGAACAAAACAAGCACAGCUUAACUUUUUGAAGAGAGAUCAAGGAACUGAAGUUGGAGCUACAUGAAAAAACAAUGAGCUAAUAUUAACUCAUUUGUUGUUUUUGAGAUAUUGGGAACACUUUUUUUUGGGGGUUAAUGAAGAAAUUAAUUUAGUGUUGACUAAAUGUAUAGUGUC